AUGGUAUCACUGCCCUUCCCCCAUGAUAUCACUCCCCUUCCCCCAUCGUAUCAAUACCCUUUCCUCACGGAUCCCCUUUCCCCCCUGUUGUGCCUUCCAUCCCACCUAGGGGCCAGUGAUGAGGCUCUGGAUCAGCCACGCCCCAUCCCUCACCCGUCCUCUCUCUUCCCCUCCCUUUUCU